GAGUUGUCCUCAAAUUGAAUCACUGCCCAGAUAUAUCUCUAAAUGAACUGACUGUCUGCCUGGCAGAUGUAUCUAAUAAUCUAUAUUUAUUUGUGACAUUGUCAUUGACAGGCCUUUUUUUCCAGUGGCCUGACACCAAAAUCCGACAUGACUGUAUCAACAAGUCUGUAGUUUACUCUAUUGUUCUCCCAGUUCUCCGGCCACUUUUAUGUAUUUCGGGGAAAUUUUCGUAAAUCCGACAGCUCUGAAUUGCGGUGCAAACUUAUUGUACAACAAAACACAUUCACUUCCACAUAUUUUACAACCAGAAUAUAUAAUAUAAUUCAUGAUAUAGGCCUUGUUAACAAGUUUGUGAAUAUUUUGAAUAAAAAAAGAAAAACGAAAUAAACGUGAUACCUAGAUAUCUGUCAGCUGCAUGACGCAUCUAAAGAAUAAAUACGUUCUAAAAUAAUGUUCUAAAAUAACGGUUGCCUUAAACUCAUGCUAGUGGACUUAGUUUGGAGGUGCUCCUCCACUAACCUUGAUAAAUUAGUUUUAUUUAAUCACAAACAAAACAAAAUCUCACAAAGCCUGAAGUCAAGAUGAUGAAACCUAAAGCGAAAAAAGGGGACCAAUCGACCAACGUGGACGAGCAAUUGGUGGAGAAGCAAACACUGACUGAACAAGUGGCUAGUGCUACUCCUAGCGACGAGACCGUGGCCUUAUCCCCUAUUUUGGCGGCUAUCCAAGCAUCGAUCCAAGUUAUGGAUAAGUCGAUGAAUGACAGAUUUAACUCCAUUGAAAAUACUUUAUGGCAGAUGCAAACAUCACUCUCCGAAACUAAUUCCCGCAACUCCAAAUUGGAGGGCGCUAGAACCGAACAUGAGAACCGCAUCUCUGUGCUAGAGACUCUCUGCCAGGACAUUGCUGUGGCCAAUAAAGCCCUACACGCCAAGCUUGAUGACCUGGAGGGUUGCUCCCAUCAGCAAAAUAUAAAAAUUACGGGGCUACAAGAGAAAGUUGAAAACAACCGACCAGCUGAAUUUGUGGAAAAGCUGAUUCCGGCUCUCUUGGGAGUCCAAAACUUUCCAUCUAGGGUAAAAGUGGAUCACAUUGGACCUCUGCCAGCCAAAGGAGGACACCCCCGGACGCUAAUAGCAAGAAUCCAUCAUUACCCCAUUAAAGAACUAAUCCUGAAGCUGUCCCGACAACAAUCGCCCCUACAGUUUGAAGGUAUGCAGAUCUCCAUAUAUCCUGAUUUAACAGCGGAAGUACUGUCACAGAGGGCCGAAACUUUGAUGGAAUUAAAAAGAAAUGAAAGGAGGCUGGUGUCAGAUAUGGACUGCUGUUCCCUGCACGUCUUAUCGUCACUCACGGAUCGGAAAAAAGAAUCUUUGAUUCAGUCGCGGAUGCCAAAGCAUUUGCCAGUACAAUCACCGCUGCAUCUUGACUUUUUAAUGCACGCACACUUGAUUUGGACAAUUUUAACAGUUGGUCUAUGCAAAUGGAACCUGGAUCCCAUGAGUAUGCUCCUGUUCAUGCACUGUCAUACAGACUGAUGCCCCGGGCUUUCUGAUGUGGAAAGCCGAUGAUGGCUGUAAAUGGGCGCUCUCACUAAGACUAAGUCUAUUGAUUUUAUAUUGAAAUUAUCUUUUUGUGGGAUUAUAGUCCUGACAAUUACAUAAGUUAGGUUUGGCCUCGUGCCAAUGUUCGAAACUACUAGUUUUGUUAAUCUUAAGUGCCGACAUGUUACGUUAUUGAAUAUAUACGGACCAAAUUAUGAUGACCCAUCCUUUUUCCGUAAAGUUUUUAAUCUCCUGCCCUAUCUGUCAAACACUCAUCUAAUAAUCGGCAGUGACUUUAACCUGGUUCUAGAUCCCAUUUUGGACAAGACCCCUGUCCGUUCUGUGGGUCACCUGCCAAAUUCUACCAUCACUCUAAACAAAUUAAUGAACUCACUUAAUUUAGUUGAUAUUUGGAGGUUAAAGCAUCUGACUGAGAGGCAAUAUACUUUUUUCUCUUACGUUCAAAACUUCUAGAAUAGAAUAGAUCUAUUCUAGAAUAGAUUUUUUCCUGGUCGACUUUAAGGUUGCCUCAUAACUGCAAUGAAACACCACAAUAGAAUAAUUUCAGACAAUUCUGCUGUGACCAUUUCCCUUGAUCUUUUUGAAAUAAAACCUUAUUAUAGCUGGUGAUUCAACCCUACAUUACUCCUUGAUUCUUAUUUUUCCCAGCAUUUCAUAGAAUGGUUAGAUAACUAUCUUGCAUUCAACAAUUCAGGGGAAGUGUCUGAUUCAACGCUGUGGGAGUCACUUAAGGUGGUAUUAAGGGGACACAUCAUAGCUUAUGAAUCUGGGAUGAAAAACAAAGGAAAGCACGCCUGUCAGUAAUUGAAUCUUUUCUUAAUCGACUUGAACAUUUACAUGCAGACUCUGCGGACCCUGACAUGCUCAAAUAGAUUACAGUAUUAAAGCUAGAGUAAAAUUCAAUUCUUUCUAAUCAAGUUAAUAAUAUGCUAUUAAAAGUAAAAAAAAUUGAACUAGGGGCAAACCGGACAGGCUGCUUGCACGACAGCUGAGAAGCAUUCAAGCUAAUAGACCUAUUCUUAAAAUUAGGAAAAAGGAUGGGACCCUAGUGGCAAACCCCAGAGGCAUCAAUGAGCGUUUCAAAGAAUUUUAUGAAGAUUUAUAUGAAUCUCGGGCUUCCAUUGCCCCUACAGCCCUUUCCUGCUUCCUUCAAUCACUACAUCUCCCUAAAUUAGAUGAUGCAGAACGAGACGCAAUUAAUGCAGAAAUAACUUUAGACAAAAUAUUUCAAGCCAUCAAAUCUUUCCCUAGCAGUAAAGCCCCUGGACCUGAUGGGUUUGGAAUUGAAUUUUACAAGAAAUAUUCUCAGAAACUCGCUCCCCUGAUGCUGAGAUUAUUCAAUCAUUCUAUUGACAGUCAAGAAUUUCCACAAUCAAUGUGCAAUGCCAACAUUUCUUUAAUUCUUAAAAAAACAAAAGAGGAAACAGAUCCAUCAUUACAUCGCCCUAUAGCCCUUCUGAAAUCAGAUCUUAAAAUUUUCACUAAGAUUCUUGCAAACAGAUUAAAUAAAUGUAUAACAAAAAUUAUUCAUCCUGAUCAGACGGGUUUCAUCCCAGGGCGCUUUUCCUUUUUUAAUGUGUGACGCUUAAUGAACAUUCUAUACUCAAAGCAUGAUUCUCUCUCGAAUGUCGCCAUUUUAUCUCUGGACACUGAAAAGGCAUUCGACCAAAUCAAAUGUAAUUAUAUUAUUUCAGUGCUCCAUGAGUUUGACCUAGGAGAAUCAUUCUCUCUAUGGGUGAAAAUGCUUUAUGCAAAACCCAGGGCCUCAAUGCUCACUCAUUUCGAUAAAUCAUCACAAUUCACGCUACAUAGAGGCACUAGGCAGGGGUGUCCAUUGCUAUAAUUUUUAAUUUUUGCCAUUGCUAAUUUUUGCCAUUGCUAUAGAACCCCUCGCGGCUGCUAUAAGAAAUAACCCACUUAUUUUAUCAAGAUAGGUAAAUUAGACCAUCAUAUAUCUCUCUACGCCGACGACAUUAUUCUUUACCUUGUUAAUCCAGAGCCGUCCAUCCCACCCCUAUUAGAUUUGUUGGAGACUUUUGGAACUACAGGGGGGGUUUCGGCUAUAAACGACUUCCCAGUACCUAAGACCCGACCUGAGGUACGUAGAUUCCUGGGAAUGGCCGGUUUCUAUCUGUGUUUUUGUCAAAAUUUCUCCUCUGUUGCUGCACCAUUAACUAUUUUACUUAGUCCUUCAGAACAUUUUGUUUGGUCAACUGAAUGUCAAACAGCAUUUGACAAUAUUAGAGUGUUGCUGUGUAGUGAGCCUGUUCUGUCUGCUCCAAAUUUCUCCUUGGCGUUCAAACUGGAGGUGGACGCGAGUGAUUUAGGACCUGGUGCCGUACUCGUACAGGAGGAUAAGGAUGGAAUCGAUCACCCUGUCUGUUACUUCUCUAAGAAGUUUAAUAGAAGUCAACUGAACUAUUCAACGAUAGAGAAGGAAGCUUUGGCUUUGCUGUUAGCAAUCCAACACUUCGAGGUUUACGUUGGUUCUUCUAUUUUUCCUGUAAUUGUUUAUACAGACCACAACCCUUUAACCUUUAUCUCAUGUAUGUGUAACCAGAACCAAAGGUUGAUGAGGUGGUCCCUUAUUUUUCAGAACUACAAUCUUGAGAUCCGGUACAAGAAAGGUACAGAUAAUGUUGUGGCAGAUGCUCUGUCUCGGGUCAAAGGAAAAGUACCUACUUGUCUAGGUUGGUUCUAUCAAACAUGUAUAUGUUUGUUUUUUAAAGGGUGGGGGUGUUACGUCCCGUAUUGUUUUCUCCCUCUCUUUCACUCUCACCUGUUAUAGGUCCUGUGAUUGGAUGACGUCGCUGCCAGUCAUCGGGUGGGAACAUCGAUACAUCACUUCACAGGACGUAGAGAGGUAAAAUUACCUGUCAUUGCGCACCGCGUCACCAGUUAGAACUACGAUGAAGCAGAGCAGUUGAAAGAGUUUAACGGCUCUCUGGUUUUGAGUAUUCAUACAUUUUAUACGAAUGAAAGUAUGAAUGGUUAUGGCGAUGAGUGUUACAUUUGUAUAUUUUAUUGUAUGAAUAGGCAUGACAAAGUAAAAGUGUUGAAAAGCAGCUAAGGCUCUAUCAUUUAUUUUAUUUUAUUUUAUUUUAUUUUAUUUACGUUACCUCAGGAGUGUUUAUGCGGCUGCGCAUGGAAAAGAAAGCACAUGAGACCAUGGAUUAAGAAUACAUUUAUACAGUUAACCAACUGAGAAUUUAUUUUCAUAUGGCAUGACAGUUACAGCUUUACAGCAAAAUCUGGCGUUCCAAAUGAGAUAUUAUUGUCAGCUUCAAGUCCAUUUCAACGGAUAUACCGUGCUCAGGGAGUAGGGAGCAGUGAACACUACGUAGGGACCCUGUCAAAUGGAAUGCAGCUAUAGUGAUAGGACCAGGUUAGUAUGUCAUGUGACUUACACCUCACAGCAUGUAGAGUUAAAUAAAAUAAAGUUGUUUAAACACAAGGUUAUGAGCGGGUGCCUAACUUAUGUAUUUAUGUUUGUUAGAUAGUGUAGAUAGCGGUGUCCUACACUGAAGAUGUUAGUUUCCUUGCUUUCUUUUGAUUAGUUUAGUAUUUGUUGGGGUUUAGUUAACUUGUUUAUGUUUUAUUGAUUUCUUUUCUUUAGCACCGCUCUUGUCCCUCACUUUGUUAUCGUUUAUUAUUACGUUUGUAUAUAAUUUGUAAAUAGGUAUUUAUUUGUUUUGGAUGUAUGUUUGGUUCACUGUUUAUUGUACUAUUGGGUGUUUUGUUAUAUUGAAUUAUUUUUCUUACUAAAAGCAACUACAAAUUCAGUUUUCCUCUCUGCCUGUUUCUUUAUUACACACAUCACAUCUCCUUGAUAAAUGAGUACAUUCCUUUUAACAGCAUUUUAAUAGUUAAUUUUUCUCGUGUUACGUCUCCAUAUCCCCUAGACGCUAACCCCACACUAGGGUUAAGCUUAACAAAUUCUACCCCUCAAUCUCCUCUACCUGUAACAAAUGUGAAUCUGCCGAGGGCUCUCUGGGAUAUCUCUUUUGGUCCUGUCCGAAACUUAAUAAGUUUUGGAGCGAAUUUUUCAUAUUCUACUCUGAGGCAUAUUCUUGUGAUCUCUGCCCUGAUCCAGCAAUUGCUGUUUUCCGGCUGGUCUGACUCUCUUCAUGGCUUCAGCCAUCAAAUUCAAAAAGCUGUCCAAUAUGGAAUGGUGGUAGCUAAAAAAAAUCAUCCUUUGUCUAUGGAAAAAGCAUCAAAACUACUUUUUAAAUCUUGGCUGUCUGAACUCUCCACCACAUUUAGAGAGACUCAGACACAACCUCUGGUAACAUUGCUGGCUUCGAGGCCACCUAGGAACCCUUUCUUAAACAUCUAUAAAAUGUCAAGGAUAACAGUCUAAAGGUUUGACCCAAGGUUAUUUACAUGAUCACCAUAUUGCCCUUGCCCACUGGCCUAGAAAUGUAUAACAUUAU